AUGAGACCGAUACCCGGUCCCGCAAACGCCUUCGCGUCGCGUGAAAACAUCGCACACGCGCGCGCGAACGGUGAAGGCGACGAAGGUGCGCGUGAGGCGACGCCCAACGACGCGACGAGUUCAAAUCCCGCGGCGACAGCUGAAGAUGUCCUCGACGCCGCGCUCUUCGCGUCCGCGCCUUGGCGCCGCGCGCUGGACGCCAUCGACGUCGAAAACUUCGACCCGAAUCGUGCGGAGUGUAAAUACAACGUCGCUUGGUUGCGUCGCGGUGGAUGGCGAUCGGGAAGGGCGCCGCGCGUGGCGGGCGCGCUUCGCGAGCUCGGCGCUACGUCGAACGGCGACGGCGCGGGAACGCUGUGCGAUCCCACUGGUGAGAUUAGAGUCAUCGUGCAUCGGGAAUUGAUGAUGAGUGAGCGUGCGCUUGCCUCGGGCUGCGCGGUGGUGCUGCGAGACGUGCCGGUGUUGAGUGUGGAUGCCACGGCGCACGCGCUCGCGGUGACGAGCGAAAACUUAGUGGCGGUGUUUGAGGCAGACGUCGAUGCGUACGCUGCGAGCGCAGCGAAGCGAACGAGAAUCGAGCGCGAAGCGUUGCGAGAGCGGUUAAGAGAAAGCGCGGUGAUCGAAGCGGUGAGCGGAGUCGACUGGGAAGACUUUGAAGACGUCGCCGGAGAUUUUUCCGGGUACGGCGGCGACGCGCCACCCUCGGCUGAAAUCGACCACAACGCGCGCGAUGAAGAGACAGUGCACACGGACGAAAUGAUGAAUGAUGUGACGACCGCGCCCACGCCCGAUGGACCGAGUGACUUCGCGCUGCAGCUUGCGGCGCUCUACGCCGACGACGGGGACGCUUGA